AUGCCGGCCAAAGCGGUUUGCGUUCUCAAUGGGGAUGUUAGCGGUACUGUUUUCUUCGAUCAGAAGGAUGAAAAAGCACCCGUUGUUGUGACUGGUGAAGUGAAAGGGCUUUCAAAGGGCAAGCACGGUUUCCACAUCCAUGAGUUUGGUGACAACACAAACGGCUGCACAUCUGCCGGACCUCACUUCAAUCCACAGAAGCAAGACCACGGGGCGCCUGAUGCUGCGAUCCGUCACGUGGGGGACCUUGGAAACAUUGAGGCUGGCAGUGACGGAGGUGUCACUAAGGUAUGCAUCCAAGACUCCCAGAUUUCUCUGUGCGGCCCGAAUAGCAUCAUUGGCCGUACUUUAGUUGUGCAUGCUGAUCCUGAUGACCUCGGCAUUGGUGGUCACGAAUUGAGCAAGACAACUGGAAAUGCCGGAGCUCGGGUUGCCUGUGGGGUCAUUGGACUCGCUAAGAUCUAA